AGCUCAUUACACCAAGCUGCUGCACCUCGUUUGGACUCUUCUCAUCUUUUUAUUUCUGCUUUCAAAGCCACAGAGUUUCAGAAGACUUGUGGCUGUCAUCUUCUCAGUUCUGGUUUUACGUCUUUACAGACCAACACUAUGAAGACAGGAUGUUUCCUGCAGACACAACCUCACCAUUCAGAAGGUUGAUGAAGAAAUGAGGCGCCUGGAAAGUCUGGGUGAACACCAGAACCAGUUCAAGAAGAAGCUGAAGGGGGAGAACCUCUGGGCAAAGACAACUAAUGAAAUAAAUACAUUAUUUCAGUCUUUUGUUGAAUAAGAUGGACAAAUAUGACAGAGGAGAAACAAAUGGAAACACCAAACAGGACCAAAGACACACCUCCAGAACCGGACCGGAGAUGAUUAACCUCUGGAUAAAAACAGUUCUGCAACCAGUCUCUCUUUGGAUGCAGUCAUUUUAUUGUGGAGACCACAGAGUCUUGAGUUGAAAUUAAAACACCCGGUGUUCCUCUGACUCUACUUGGAAAUGGUACUGGGCCUUGACGUCCAGAACCUUUUAUGUGUGUGGAGUGCAGCUAAAGACGUCUGUGGAGGUGGGUUGUGAUAUAAACCCGGAUGUUAUCUGGAUGUGGAUCCUUCAGAACUUCAAGAUGUGCCAUUUGAGAAAAACAAAGAGGCCAAGAACCGAGCCCUGAUGUCCUCCUCAGAUAAAACUUUGUCCUAUGAUUUAUUCCAACCGUUUGAAGGUCUUAAACUAAUUCUAUCAAACAAAUUAAUCCGACUAAACUCACUAAUAUCAAAGAUCAUUCUGAAUUGAAGUGGAAUAAAUAUUAAAUACAACAAACCCUAAAAUCCGAACCAUUUCAGAAUAUUUUAUUUAGAUUUAAUUAAUUGUAGCGGAUGUAAACCCAACUAACUUGAAACUUGUCUAAGAAUUUCAGUAAGUUUCUUGGUUACGAACUCUUCCAGCCUAUAGCUGAGUGAUCCACAGUAAGAUGGUCUUCAUCUGGAGGUCUCUGAACAGAGAUCUUCACUGAAUUACCUUUAAAACCUGAUUAGCAGUUUUAAUUCCAAACAGCUCCGUAGCUUCAGUAUUACCUUCUACUUAACCAUGACCGACAACCACACUACUUUGAAAAAUGGCGACUGUGAGUCGGCGAGACAGACCAGUGACAUCACCUUCAGCGCCAACAUCAGCCCCGCCCACGGUCUACGAAGGAAACGUCUGCUGUGGCAGACCGCCGUGAGGAACAUCAUCGACCAGCACAACCUGUACUCUCUGAGGCUCGCCGGAGGACUGGAGCGAGGCAGACACCGCAUCAUCGUCACAGAUGCCUACAUUGCUGAUGUCAACAGGCAGAUUCGCAAUAAGACGUCUCGUGGUAAUUUUUGGCAGAAGCGUCGUUCAUCCGCGGGUCGAGUUCAUCCAACGACGCAAAGGAUUUCUGUCCAAACACAAGUCCCACAGCAUUUGCUCACUGACGCCGACUUCUUUGUGUCGUAUGGAUCAGCGGUCCGAGGCAUCUUCAUUCCUACGAUGCAGCUAACGUUCAAGUCUGCUGACCUGGAGCUGACCUACCAGCAGUUUUCUUCAGCUCAGAGAAGAACCUCUCUGGUCGUCACCAACCUUAUUGACGUCUUCAUCCGACUGUUCAUUUCUCUGGUGACAUGGCCAACGGGCUGGGGGGGCGUGGCCUGUGACUGGCUGACCGGCCUGUCAGUCAUUCUGUGGGCGGGGAUCUGUGGGCUGUCAGUGACAAAGAAGGAGGUGAUGACAUCACCUCAGUGGCUCAGGUACCUGUCGGUGGUCACCUGGGUGUCUCAGACUGUCCAGGUGUUGGUUGGUGUUUUCAGCUGGGCUGAAACCGAUCACUCCUGGUAUGUCUUCUUCACUCUGUUCUCCAUCUAUACCCUGUUGCCCCUACCUCUGCCCUGGUCGAUUACAGCAGGGGCAUUAACCUCCUCCCUCCACCUCCUAGUGGAUGUCUGGUGGCACUACAGCAACCAAAUCCUGAUCAGAAGGGUGUUCUCAAAGGCCUUGUUGUACCUGGCAAUGAACACAGCAGGUAUCUUCAUUAACUACCUGUCUGACCGGACUCAGCGGCAGAGUUUUCUGGAGACCCGAAGAUGUAUCGAAGGACGAGUCCGACUGGAAAGGGAGAACCAAAGACAGGAGCGUUUGGUGAUGUCCAUCCUACCACGCUUCCUGGUUAUGGAGAUGAUUGCUGACAUGGCUGCAGUUGAUGAAUAUCUGCUGCCUCAGCAGUUUCACAAAAUCUACAUCCACCACUACAAGGACGUCAGCAUCCUGUUUGCAGACAUCAUCGGCUUCACGUCUCUCUCUUUGAUUCUUUCGGCUCAGGAACUCGUUAAAACUCUCAAUGAACUUUUUGGACGCUUUGACAGGCUGGCUGAGGAGCAUCAGUGUUUGCGGAUAAAGAUCCUAGGCGAUUGUUACUACUGUGUCUCUGGAGUCCCCGAACCUCAGCGAGGACAUGCCCGCUGCUGUGUGGAGAUGGGCCUCAGCAUGAUCAGCACCAUACGGUAUGUUCGUCGGGAGCUGGAGCAGGAAUUGGACAUGCGGAUUGGCGUCCACUCAGGUUCUGUCCUCUGUGGUGUGUUGGGUCUUCAGAAGUGGCAGUUUGACAUCUGGAGCUGGGAUGUUGACAUUGCCAACUGCCUGGAAGCUUCAGGAGUUCCAGGGCAGGUCCAUAUUUCACAGGCCACUCUGGACUGUCUGGGUGGGAUCUAUGAGACCGAACAGGGCCACGGCCAGGAGCGGAACGAGUUUCUACGAAAACACAAUAUUAACACAUAUCUGAUCCGCCCAGCGACAUGGGAGGAGACCCAACCCCCAAAAGCAAGGCGUCCAAGUUAUGACGAACUGACAACUUGGAAUGCCGAGUUGCCGUUUGGAGACAUCCUGGGGAUGAAUUUUAUCCUCGCCACUUUCACCAAUGGUUCACUGACCCAGUUGCCCAAUCACAUCGCAGCUCAGCGAUCCGGUUCACGAGAAGUGAACAAGAGAAUUCGUCAGGCAAUGGAAGUUCGGAGCAGCGAACUAAUGAGGAAAGAGCACAUCACCACUUUCACUCAGGUGUUUAAGGACUCCCAAAUGGAGGGAAAGUAUUCUCAGAUCAGAGAUGAACUCUUCAAGUCCAACAUGGUUUGUUCCUUCAUCCUACUUAUACUGUUGAUGGCCGUCCAGGUGCUGAUUCCGGCCCCAAGGUGGUGUCCGAUGGUGGCACAGUUCAUCAUCAGUGGAUGUGUUUACUUUCUGCUCAUGCUGUUGACCCUAGGGGAGGAGUUUAAACACUGCCCCGCCCCUCUGCAGUCACUCUGCUGCUGGGUUCAUGAAACCAAGUAUGCACGAACAGUACUCAUGCUAACUGCCAUAACCGUCAACUCUGUGAUCGCUUCUGUGAACGUUCUGUGGUGUGACUGGUCAGAAUCCAACUUUACUGAACCCCUGGUAACUCUGCCCCCCUCCAGAUGGUCAGACAUGAACAUUUGUACUCAUCCAGAGUUCAUGGUGCUGAGUACUGUGGUCGCCAUGGUUACUUGUGCGGUGUUCCUCAGGCUGAGCUGCAUGCUGCAGCUGGCCUUCCUGCUGCUGACCGCCGGCUUCUACACCUAUGUCAUUGAGAUACACAGCUCCCAGCAGCUGUGUCGGAGGGGAGUUUGUCUUGUUCUCAUGAUGAUGUUUGUGGUUGCAGUCCUCUACAAUAGCAGACAGCUGGAGGCAAUGGCACGUCUGGACUUCCUGUGGCGCCUGCAGGCAGCGAAGGAGGUGGAGGACAUGAAGGAGCAGAGGGAGUAUAACGAGUGUCUGUUGCUCAACAUCCUGCCGGCUCAUGUAGCUCAGCACUUCCUGGAGAGAGACACCUACAACGAGGAGCUGUAUGCUCUGUCAUACCAGCGCGUUGGCGUCCUGUUCGCCUCUCUGCCGGGUUUCUCUGACUUCUACGAGCAGAAAGAACUCAUCCAUCAGCAUGUCGAGUGUCUCCGCCUCCUCAACCACAUCAUCAGUGACUUUGAUGAGCUGCUGGAUGAGUGUUAUUUCCAGGAGGUAGAGAAGAUUAAAACUAUCGGCAGCUCCUACAUGGCAGCUUCAGGCCUCUCACCUGACCGACAGGAGUGUGAGGAUGCCUGGCAUCACCUCACUGAGCUGGUGCUGUUCGCUCUGGCCAUGGAGGAAACUCUGAGGCAGAUCAACACGCAGACUGGAAACCAGUUCCAGCUCCGAGUCGGGGUCGCUCACGGCCCAGUGAUCGCAGGUGUGAUUGGUGCCACCAAACCUCAGUACGACAUCUGGGGGGCGACAGUGAACAUGGCGAGCAGGAUGGAGAGCACCGGGGUCGACGGGAGAAUCCAGGUCCCAGAAUCCACCAGCUGCAUCUUGUUGGAGCGAGGCUUCCUACGGCAGCUCAGAGGGGACAUUUAUGUCAAAGGCAUCAGUGAGCGUCAUGGAAAGGUUCGGACGUUUCUUGUGAGCAAUCGGGACGAGCGGUCCAGCUUUGUGGAGCGUGGCGCUGGGCGGGGCUUCAGCAUGAACAGGAACACGCUGGGAGCUGUGGUCUACAGUCUGGUCCAGGCCAGGAAGAGGGAGAAGCUGAGGGAGCAGAAUGGAGGCUUCCACCUGGUGGAGGCGUCGUAGAGUCUGCUGCUCCUUUUGUACUGACUUCACUUUGAUUUUCAAAAUAAAAGCUUUUCCAGCAUUCUUCCUCUGACUGUCGCUCCACAGAAAUCAGACCUGACAGGUUUGACCAGAAAGGUGGUUCUCCACACGCAGGGGGAGAAGCUACUUUAAACCCAAAGAACCGUUCAAACUCAAAGUUCUGGAAGAACCUUUUACUUCUUCUGAAGACGUUCUUAAAAACUGGGGCCAACAAGCUGUUUUUAUCUGUACCGACCUGGUCUGACCACCAGAUGGCGCCAUAAAUAGUUUGUUGGCUUUUUAAAGUAUAAUUAGGUCAGCAGUUAUCAUAGUGAGAAAUAAAUAUACAUGUAUUUAGUACAGAGAUGUUUAAAUGUUCCAGCUUCUGAAUUUUGAAAGGAAGUGUUACAUUUUUGUAUCUUUUUAGUUCCUAAAAUAUGACAUUCAAGUCCAGUAAAAUGUUUAAAAUGUGUGGUUUGGUUUCCGCUUCUGGGUAAAUUUCCAAUAAAAAUACAAACAUUUA